GGCUCCAGUAGCUCCCCCUCAUACAAAACCACGAAGAAGGCGAAGAGAUACCGAACCACGUAAGCGGCGCUGCGCACGCCGCUCUCUCUCUGACUCGCACUUCACAUUGGACGCCAUGGACGACACAGCACAACGCAGUCUUCUGCUGUGGGUUCAGAGCUUCCACGAGAAGCUGGCGACGGACGUGCAGAUCUCGAGCUUGGAAGAUCUAUGCGACGGCGUCUUCCUCUCCAAAAUCAUGCACCACAUCGACGCGGAGUACGUCAACUUGGAGCAGAUCAAUGAACAACCAGGAGGCAACUGGGCGCUCAAGUCCAACAAUCUCAAGACGCUGCUGCGAGCCGUGGAGUUAUUUUACACAGACGAACUGGGUCAGAUCUGCCAUGCAGACGAGCUAGUAGACCCGCUACUAAUCGCCAAGGAGAAUGACGUGCACGAGGUCUCCAAGCUGACAGAAUUACUUCUGGGCUGUGCCGUCCAGUGUCCAAAUAAGUCCGAGUACAUCCACCCCAUCAUGCAGAUGGGUCCAUCCGAACAGGCCAGUUUAAUGCACGCGAUCGAGAAUCUCAUGCAUCGUUUCCAGCCCACAUCUCCUGGCGGAGUAUCAAACGCUAGUCGCCGGAACUCGAUGGCUCACGGCGCGUCCUUCGAUGAAAUAGCGUCCCCUUCGUCCUCAGCUUCUGUAUCUGCUAUAGCCACUGGCGGCUCGAAUGAAGCGCUGGCUGCACAAUUGGCCCAGGCACUGGAGCGAAGUUCGUCCAUGGAGCUCCGAUAUCUGGAUAUGGAACGCGAGAAGCGCGAACUGACGGAGCGCUUCGAACGAACCUUGACGGAGCAUAGAGAGCUGGCUGAUAAAUACUCAGCGCUGGAAAGCGAGCGCGACCAGCUGCGCAGCGAGCGCCAGAACACUCUGACUCGAGACAAUAAGAAGAUCCAACAGAUUGUGGAUAAUGAAGUCCACGCUCUGCAGAUGCAGAUGGAGGAGAAAGAUCUGGAACUGAAUCGAGUCAAACGCGAGUCUGGAGAACGUUUGAUGAUGCUGGAGAACGAAGUGCGUCGUCAGGCUGAUGAGCUGGACAUCUCACGUUCCAAGCUGGGGACGCUGAACAAACUGGAAGCGAGCGUGACCAAGUACAAGAAGAAACUGGAGGAGAUGAACUCGCUGCGUGGUCAGGUGCGUGAGCUCGAGACUCUCAACGCUCAGUAUCUGGACAAAGUGGUGGACUUGGAGAGUACCAUCAAGACGAUGCCUGGGCUGAAGAGUCUAGUGGAGAAAUACAAGAACCAGGUUGUGGAAUUAGAGACCGCCAACGUACAGGCCAGUUCCAAUCUCAACGUUAAGGAACAGAAGAUUCGGAGACUGCAAGAAGAGCUGGACAGUGCGCUGGGUGGCAAGGAGUUCCUCGAGUCUCAAGUGGAGGAGCUGCGUACGCAACUGUCAAGUAUGCAAUACCGGGAAAGCACCGACGACGCCAUGGCUGCUGGUGAGAGCAGUGCAGUGAACGGAGGAGGCUUGAGUGCCGACAUGUUACUCGGUCGCGACUCUGUCAGUGGCUUGAAGGAGCGUGUGGCUCGACUCGAGCGUGAGAAUGCUGAGCUCAAGAGCGGCAACGCUGACGCUGGACAGGCAGAACUGGCGAACGAUCUGGAUAUGGCAAUCAAGGCGAAAGAAUCACUUCAAGUCUCUCUCUUCCAGAUGCAGAAACAGAACGAUCAACUCUCGGAGGAUCUGCGUAACACUCGGAUCCAGAAUGAACAGCAGCAACAAAUGCUGGCUCAGCUCCAGCAGACUCACGCCCAGACACAGCCUCAACAGCAAGUACAAGCCCAGUGGCAGAACGCCCCGGGUGGACCGGAACCCAUGCAGGUUUCGAACGAUAUUACAGUCAGAGAGGGCGCCGCAGCAGCAGGGACAGCGGGCUUUGCGACUCCAGCCGCGCUCGAAGCUGGCGUUGCGAUGGGACCGGGUGGAGCCAUGCAGGCGCCUGUGCCUACGCCUGGUUCUGUCGUGGUAACGAGCAGCAACAAUGCGCUGUCGUCGGCCCAGAUUGCUGAAUACCAGGACAAGCUGGAGAAACUGGUACGACGUGGUAGUGAACGCUUGGUGAGGAUUUUUUUGCUCACGUAUUGGUGUUGAUACUCAGGAAAUUGAGGCGGAAGCGGUGGACUCGCUGCGUGCCACGGUGACGGAGCUGACGAAGCGUCUGAAGGAGAAGGAAUCCGUCAUCAACGAGCUCUCGGAGCAGCGCGCGAAGCUCGAGAACUACACGAAGAAGACGCUGCAUGCGGUGCAGACCAAGUAUAUGGUGGCUGUGAGCUCGCACCGCAAUCAGAUCAACGAGAAGCAGGAGCGUGUGGACUUUUUAGAGAAAAAGAUGAAGGAGAUCCGCGCUUCUUACUCUCGCGAACAGGCUCUCAUGAUGUCGUCCUUCUACGAGAUUGGGACGGAAAUGCAGCGUCGUACGAUGAUGCCCCAGGGUCCAGUGACAGGGGCUCCAGGCGCUGGGUCUUGGCUUGCUAACAAGAGGACAGAAGAACGAGCCAAAAGGCGACAAGGAGCAUGAGCUGAACACGCUCCGAGGGUUGAAAGUCGCCUCCAAUGUCACUCAUAACGGAAACAGGGGACGCACCGUCGAUAUUACAGAAAGAGGGAACAAGAUGGAGAUAUAUCAACCUUGAAAUGAAGAGAUUUGUGUCAUGUAAUGGGCUGAUUCUCAAGUGUUUUUCUGGUCUGGUCUUGCAGUUAGUCGACUACGUUAACGCCAAGAUUGACGAGGGCGCGUGUAGCUUGCUGGCAUAUCCGAUCAUUAGUGGAACGUACGAGUGAUUGCAGAGCCUCGACGCCUCCCAACUCCACAAUGGCUUGUUUGUUCUCCGCUGUAACAACAAAUACCUGAUAAAUCAU